AUGGUCCAAUGUCAGGAAGAGUUCCUUUCCGAGAUGAGGGUAAUUGAAUUACAUCUAGCCGAAGUGUGGAAAGACAAGUCUGAACAGAAAUCAGAGAUUGUUCAAGAUGCUGAAACAGUUGAAAUCAAUCCAGAGACCAAAGAGAAGGUCGAGGUAACUGAAAAUAAAGGUAGCAAAAAUGAACAAAAUGUUGAAUCAGAACCGCCUAAGGCGGAUGAAAAUGUUAGUGUUAAUGAUGUAAAUGUAAAGAGUAAUGAAAGUUUAAUUGGCUUGUUUCAAACAUUGGCUUUGCCAAAAACCAAGGUUAAGCAAUAUGAGGGAGAUCCUUUAUAUUACCAUGCAUUUAUAUCAGGUUUCAAUAAUAUGGUGACAAAUGUACCAGAUUAUGUGUUAAAGUUAAACACCUUAUUGUCGUACUGUUCAGGCAAAGCCCUAGAGUCUAUACAGUUUUGUGUAUUAAAACCACCUAAGGAAGGCUAUGAGGCUGCGUGUAAAACGCUUAAAGAGAAAUUUGGCAAUACAGGAGUGAUAGUGCAAGCUUGGGUGAGUAAAAUCACAGAUAGACCCAAGAUAGAGGUUAAUGCAUUAAAACAGUAUGCAGAGGAUCUAGACAAUUGUUUCCAAACCCUUAAGGAAUUAGGAUACCUCAACGAAUUAAAUAAUCAAAGUAGCCUAAAACUAAUCAUUGAAAAAUUACCAAGAUUUCUUAGAAACAGAUGGCAGAAGGAAAACUACCGACUGAAAUUAAAAUCCGAGAAUGCUACACUUGAGGAUGUUGUGAAGUUCAUUAGAACAUGUGCACUGGAAGUUAAUGAUCCUGUCUUCGGAUUCAGUGAAAUCAGGCAGCCAACUCACACAACAAAUGUUAGAAAAGUACAGGUAAACAACUUGAACUGGAAUGCAGAUCGAGAAAGAUCACCGAAGUGCUGG